AUGAAAAGGGGAAAAGUAAUAAAUAACCUGCAUAAGCAGAUAAAAUCGCUAGAGGAUAACAACAUCCCAUACAAAUAUUACAGCGCGCCAAAUAAUGUGAACAUUAAAAAUUAUUUAAAUGACAAAAAAGUUCGAUGCUCCUGCCCGCCCAACUCCUACUUAAGUCUCAACGAGUUGUUAAAAUUUGUAGACACUUUGGAUCAUCAUGACAGUGACGAGAUGAGACACCUAGACUAUAACGCCGAUGCGGCAGAAAACCAAAUGACCAAUGGGAAGGUCAAGAAGGAGAAGUAUAUGUAUGACCAAUUCAGCAGAGUGCCGAAGGAUGCUUUACAUAACAAGGUUUUGGUGAACAAGGGAAAUUUGUGUGAUGAACCUGAUUAUCAUACCACAGUGUAUCAUCAGGAGUAUCGCAACGGGGACAAACACGCUAAUGAUGAGAUCCGUGUGAAUUACAGGUAUGAAGAACAUAGCAAUAUGUAUAAGCACUCUCCUGAUCAGGCAUAUGACGAUAACUCCGUGAGAGAUAGCAACCUACAGAAUGAUUAUUGUCUGUUCAGCAUGGACGACACAUCAAGUAAUAGGAGCGCAUCAAAUAUGGGAGAAACUGACAUAGUAAGCAUUACAUCGCCACCCUCCUACGAAAGCAAAUGCAUUAAACGAAAAAGAAAGACAAAGGUGGAGAAUUCAUCAGAAGAACCUUCUAGUAGCAAAGAUGGCAAAUUGCUAAAAAGUCUACUAGAAUGCAGAGUUAAAUUGUCCAAGUGCAAUAAUAUUACAGAUCCAGAAAAAGUAAUUAGCACAAAAAAUUUAAAACUACUUCUGUUGCAUCGCCCCAAUUCCAUUGACGACAUCAAAAAUUUAAAUUUGAUCGGAUUCGGGGAAAAUAAAAUAAGAAAAUAUGGCUUCGAAUUUUUGAAUGUUUUCCUAUCUGAUUCCACGGAAGAGACUUAA